CUGCAAUAAAUAUUUCCAAAAUCACGAGACCCAAACAAAAAAGAGAAGCACUGCAAGUUCUUCACAGGAACACGAAAGAAGUGAAAUCACUCAAUCCUGAACCACUAUCGAUUUUGUCACCAUGCCUCAAGAUUUACAAAUAUAUUAUGUGACCGCGUUUGCGGUCACUACUUUGGUUGUGGGAGUGGGGGCCUGGUUAACUUCAAUAAAAAAGAAAUCGAGCCCAUCAAAAUCUGAGAAACUUGAGAAACAACGUCCCGAGAAAUGGUGUCUUGUAGGAAAAAUUGCAAAACUAAUAAUUUAUCCGAUUAAAUCAUGUCAGGGGGUCAUUGUUCAAGAAGCAGUUAUAACAACCCUGGGCUUAAAGUUCCGCAAUCACAAUAUUAAAGAUCGCGACUUUAUGAUUGUGGACAAAAAUGGAAGAUCCGUCACAAUGGUGACUCACCCAGGAAUGUCAUUUAUAACUUUGGAGCCUUCGAAGGAGAAGGAUCACCUAAUCAUGAGUGCGCCUGGAAUGGAUUCAAUCACUUUUACGUAUCCAACCAAAAAAUUAGAGGAGAAGUUUUGUCGCGUGAAACAUGACACGAAAGUAAAAGCGUUAGAUUGCGGAGAUGAAGUCGCAGAGUGGAUUCAAACAUUUAUUGGGAAAGAAGGACUCCGUCUUUACUACCAUCACAUCCAACAGACCCAGCGCACUUUCGAGCCUUACAUGUAUGAAUGCCCGCAAUUUGAGCAAUCUGAUAUGGGCGCGUUUCAUAAUGAGACGAGUUAUCUAAUGGUAGGUCAGGAGUCCAUCGAGGAGCUUAAUGCACGAAUAGAAAAGAAGUCAUCUUGGAAGAACUGGAGGCCAACAAUUUUAAUUGACAACAUGUCAGAGCCAUUCGCAGAGGUUAACUGGUCAUUUGUAAAAAUUGGAAGUGAAAACGCAAUUCUCAAGGCUUCAGUACCGUGUUACAGAUGUCCUUUGACUACUGUCGAUCAGGAAACUGGGGUACUUCCAAAGGAUGGGGAACCAUUAAAAACAUUGCGAAGUAUGAACAAAACUGAUGCAUUUGCAGACCGCAAACUGGCUGAGUUAUUAAAAAAUAAGGGAAUUAUGGGGCUUCGCCUUGGUUUAUACUUGCCUGCUGGAGAGGGAGCAACGAUUAAAGUUAACGAUCCAAUUUAUGCAGCAUUGCUAUAAUUAACUAAUCUAAUAAAUACUCGUUCACUUAAAAAUAAAAUGAAAUUAUGUUAUUUAAGGUA